GUGCGCGCCGCUGGUCCGGGCUGCCGCGGUCACGUGGUCGCUGUCGCUCGGUCAGCUGACCGGCCAACAUGGCGGCGCCCAGCGGAGAGGCACGCUGAAGGUGAAACUGGAGGAAGGAGCGGCGGAGGAGAAUUAUCGGGCACCUAAGAGGCUCGGGUGACCGGCCUGUGAUGGGCAACAACAUGGAAGGACAAAGUGACGGCGAUAUGAAUCAGACCUCUGCAAAGGAGCCAGUCAUGCCCAUCAGCCAGUUCCUGCAGCAGAAUCAUAAAAAUCUCCCUCGGCUUGAAAAGUUUUUCUUUGAUUAUGCAUCUUCAUUCAUGGCUGCAAAUUCAUUCGCGUGCGGGCUGUUGGCUCACAACUUUUUCCGAAGAGCGCUGAAAGUGCGGAGAUAUUACCUGCUGUCUAGUUUGCCGGCCACAGUAGUCCCCUUUGUGUUCACCAAUAUAUACCAUGAACUGCUUGUAACCCAGCCCCUCUUAGAAGGUUCUUUGAACUGUGCUCCAUGUGCUAUGAUGAGAGGCGUCUAUAUCGGGAUGUGUAUGGGUGGUGUGGCUCCAGUUCUUUUGGCUGGUUAUGUCAAUUUAAUGAUGGUACCUAGUGUCUUGCGGACUGAAAUGAAGGGAAGCGCGCUGCGGGAAAUGAUCUCCUUCACCAAGCCGGUGUUCAGAAAACUGAAAUAUUUCUUCCUGUUUGAGGCCAUAGCCAGCGUCGCCAUCUCUACCGGACAAUUUGCCACAAUGGAAAAGCUGCUUGAGAUGUCGCCGGUUUCCCAAACCCAGGAGGAGCCAAGAGAAUAAUUUAUUUUUUUAUUAUUGGUCUUAUACUUAUACUUAUAUCUUCUUUUUUUUUUUUUUAUUGUAAUGGUUCUGUUAAUUGAAAAGUGAUCGAAAGCUUAUUAAACACUUAAAACAUUCUUUAUA